AUGAACAAUGGCAUCAAUACGCUUCAUUCAACGACGGCAAGAGAUAGCAUGCUUCAUCCACGACUACCACAGCUUUGCCAGGACUCACCCGCUUUGUUUCCUAUAUGUAUUUCGUUCCAGCUCGCAUUGACAAGCACUGUCAUUCCUCUUUUCUGCGAGUACUUCGACAAGGCAUUGAGGACCUUCAGGUCCGAGCUGGCAUGCAGCAAGACCCUUUCCGAUGCCACUUUGACAUCGGGACUCCUGUUGUGUAGUAUUGGCCUAAUGCACGGCUUGCCCUGGACUAUGCAUCUAGAGGGUAUGCACCGAAUCCUACAAAGGGACGGCCUCGGCGUAAACUGUCCGCCCACCCCAGCCUUCUUUCGCAUCCAUCUUCUUGAAGUGAUGGGCGUGAUGGACAUCCCUUGUUUUUCUAUUGGUCGUCAAAGCCCACAAAUUGGUAUCUGGCGCCGAUACUGUCGGCCUGCUGCGCCGAGAUACGGCGUUGAGCCUGUCAGUGGCCUACCUCGCACUUUACUCGACAUCUUCGCUGGAAUUGGUGCAGAGACCACAGAACAGUCAUUUUGGGACUGGUCUGGUGAACCGGGUAGCUUUCCACAGUGCUACCUGUGGGAGGCUUAUCGUCUGGCUGGUAUUCUAGCAUUACGGAGGGGAAACGACCCUGUGUCUUCUCCUGGCAACAUUACGACAUGGCGGCAGCCUGCGAAAUGUCCCGCAAACACUACCGUUCUUAUUUCACGUAUACUGGCUAGUAUUGAUGCUCUUCGUCUUGCAUCUAUUGAGCGUCCACUUGAAGAUGCAUUCAUCGUGAAUGCAAUACUCUUUCCUGUCGUCACCGCUGGCUUGGAAGUUGAUGUGCUAUGUCAGAAACCUGACUGGCAACAGUUGAUCCGGAACAGUCUGAAAGACUCUAAUCAGUGUGAUAUCCUUCUCAGUCUCCUGGAGGAGCUAUGGCAACAAGCAGACCCGGGUCUAAAUGUGCAUGACCUGGCACGGCAGAGAGGCAUCGAGAUGGGAUUGUUAUGA